ACCGAAUUCUAUUUUAUUUUAUAAAUAUUUAGUUCUAUCACAGACAACAUAGGUUCUAUAAAAUAAUGUCUUAUAAAAACAUUUCACUGCUAAUAAUAGGAUUACAAUAUUAAGCGAAUUAUGACUAUCUUUUAUUAUAUUAUAUAUAAAGAAGCAUUUAACGCCAUAAUACAUACUGAUCGAAGUUAUCACUGACUUGUAACUAUUAAGAUCUUUCCGAAAUGGAUUUGAAACUAUGCAGAGUUUGUCUAAAGGAAAAUGGCACAAUAUCUUUAUUCGAAAAAUGUGAAAACACUAUAUACAGUGCCAAAAUAAUGCAAUUUGUCAAUAUAAACAUAAUCGAAGGCGAUGGUUUACCAGAUUCUAUGUGUGAUAGUUGUGCUAACGAGCUCGAUAUGUGCUUCAGAUUCAUACGCAAGUGUGAGGCCUCCGACCAAGCGCUACACUGUCUCUCAGUCAUCGAGGUGAAACUAGAGGAGAUCAAAAAUGAGGAUAUCAAUAAUGAAUUAAAUCUCAGUGCCGAUAGUGAUAUUUAUUUGGAUGACUUCACGAAACUGGAAACACCGGAGCCUGAAUCUGAUGAAGCGCAAUUAAAAAUAAGCCGCAAGAGAAAUAAACGCAGUAAGAAUGGUCCUAUACAGUGUGUGGUGUGUGGUAUGAUGAAAAUUUCUCACUCUGCUAUGGAAAUACACAUGAGAUCACAUACAGGCGAGAAACCAUACCCAUGUCUAGUAUGUAAAGCAAAAUUCAAAACAAAAGGCUCCUUAAAAAGGCAUAAUGAAACUAGACAUUUGCAUAGAGAAAGAAAAUUCACAUGCGAGACAUGUGGCAAUAGUUUUUAUAGGAAAAAUGAUAUUAUUAUACACAUGAGGGUACACACUGAUGAGAGGCCGUACUCCUGCAUGUUCUGCUCGAAAAAGUUCAGGCAAAUAGCAUCCUUGAUUCGUCAUAAACGAAUACACACAGGUGAGAAACCGUAUUCAUGUCCAAUAUGUGGCAAGAAAUUCUCUGACAAUUCUCUAGUGACUAAACAUUUGAACGUACAUACGGAUGAAAAGAAGUACACCUGUCACCUGUGCAGCAAGUCGGUGAAAAGCAAAAGUGCACUCACCACACAUAUGGGUCUACAUUCCAAUGAGAAACUGAACAUUUGCACUUUUUGUGGCAUGGCGUUUUCAAUGAAGGGCAAUCUUCAGACGCAUAUACGUAGAAUACAUUCUGAAAAGUCUGGGCAGUGUUCGGUAUGUUUUAAAAACUUUUCCGACUUGGAAGUUCAUAUGCGUAAGCACACUGGAGAGAAGCCGUUCGUAUGCAAGCUGUGCAACCAGGGAUUUGCUACUAAGAGAAGCCUGUCACAUCAUAAAGCUUUCAAACACGAGAAUGCCAGUAAAUACAAGUGUUCAAUCGGGGACUGUAGUAGAACUUUCCCAACGGUCAUGAUGCUGGAGUUCCACCUAUUGAAGCAGCACACGAACAAUACUCCGUAUGUGUGCCAGCAUUGUUCUAGAGGUUUCUUCCGCACCAGUGAUCUGUCUCGCCACCUGAAAGUUAGCCAUAUGGAUACCAUAGCAAAGGUUCCACUGAAAUUGAAUACUGCAUAAAUUUUAUUUAUUCUUGAAUAUUACUUUACAUAAUAUAUUAUAUACAAUCAUAGUAUAUUUAAUUGGAGAGAGAAAACUGUUUAGUAUUAAACUACCACUACUGUACUAGUCAUUAUUUUAAUAAACUUUUGAAGGUUAUUUUGACUUUA